AUGCGCUCCAACCCCUCCCACGCGCCUGACCCCUCUCAUACGCCUGACUCCUCUCACGCGCCUAACCCUUCCCGCACGCCUGACGCUUCCCCCGCGCCUAACCCUUUCCGCACGCCUGACGCUUCCCCCGCGCCUAACCCUUUCCGCUCGCCAGACUCCUUUCGCGCGCCUGAUUCCUUUUGCGCGCCUGAUUCCUUUCGCGCGCCUGAUUCCCUCCGCGCGCGCGACUCUUUCCGCGCGCCUGACUCAUUCCGCGCAGCUGACUCCUUCCGCGCGCCUGAUUCCUCCCUCACCUCUCUCAGUUCUCGCAGCUUCGCCGCUUCGGGCGGCGCAUCGGCCGGCAGCAGGCGCCAUCGCCACCGUCAGCAGCACGGACGGUCACGAUCUGCCGCGGCGCUCGACCCGAUUCCGCGCUCUCCGGCGACAAUAGCGGCGCAGCACUCUGCAGGUCUUCGCAGCCCCGGUCUAGACUCCCUGAAUCUUCGCUCUGUCGGCAGUAGUAGCCGCAGUCUGCAGUCGGCGCGUUCCGGCCCUGCUGUGCGACGGGAAUUGUCGUCCGGGCGACUGGAAGCGUCGCCUGGGCGACUGGAAUCGUCGUUUGGGCGGCUGGAAGCGUCGCCUGUGCGACCGAGAUCGUCGUCCGGGCAAGGUGUUUUUGAGACACUCGACGGAGAGGCGGAGCUAGUGGGAGUUGCGUCUGGGCGAUCCGAAGAGUCGUCUGGGCGACGGAGUGUCGCAGGCGACGCGGCGAGCGACAGGAGCGCGUCGUCUAGACUAGUCCGAGCGGCGGAAAGCAUAUCGCAUGGUGAGGGUGGCGAAAUCAUACCGGAUGGGCGAUCAGACGACGAACACGGAGGCGAAAUCGGGCCUGACGGCCAACCAGACGACGAGACUGACGUUAACGGAAAACGUCAACGUUCUUUCAAGCCAAAAUCAAGGCUGCGUGUGAGGUGGGGUCCUGACUCGCCCGACAGGGACACCCCGGGAGAGCAGGGCAAGGCAAAAACACGGCUGCGAGUGAAGUGGGGUCCUGACUCACCAGACAGGGACACUCCGGGAGGAGCAGGAGAGGGCUGGGGCGGUAUAGUCAGCGCGAGCAGCAGGAGCUUCAGGCAUGUUGCUAGCUUCCUCCGAAAUUCAUGGCGCCAGGAUUUGCCUGACUCACCCCCAAGCGAGCAGGAGGAGGAGAGAGAAGGAAUCGGAGAGGGGGGGGGAAGAGGGGGAAUUGGGGGGAGAGGGGGAACCGGGGAGGAGGGCGGAGGGAGGAGCGCGGGGAGCAGGGUGUUGGGGAGGAGAAGGGGACGCGGAUUGCGAGGGGCGGGGGAAGGGAGAGGAGGGAGAGGAGGGAGAGGAGGGAGAGGAGGGAGAGGAGGGAGAGGAGGGGGGGAGGAGGGGGAGCGGAAGAUGGAGAGAGGGAAGGCGGGUGCUGGUCGAAUCCGGCUUGGGCCACGUACCUGA